AUGCCGUACGAAUACCUUGAGCCAAAUAAUUCAGCUGUUUUAAAUAAUUCAAAUGGUCAUAAAAGAUCGAGUAAAAAAAGUACGGAUGAUUUAUCUACAAUGACAGCAACUCCUGGGGAGAAAAAGAAGAAAAAUAACAAAACAUUGAAUAAUAAUGGUGAUUUAUCACCGAGAAAAUCAACUCGUGAAAGAAGUCAAGAAAUUGCUGACGUGUCGUUACAUGAAAAUACAUCGGACUAUCCUCUUCUGAAUACGUCUGAUAAUGACGACAAACUAUCGACUCUCUUUAAUACAACAGGUCGUGAAAGAAAUUCCACUGGACCACUAAAACAAUGGCUAUUUGAACAUCAACAUCAUCCAUAUCCAAAAGAAAGUGACAAACAAAUGUUAAUGGAGAAGACAAAAAUGUCAUUAUCGCAAAUUACCGUAUGGUUUACGAAUGCUCGAGUUAAAAUGAGAAAAGAAAAUAAGUUACCCCAUAAUGCUUAUAGUAAAAAACCGAAAAAUAAUGGUCAACAACAGCCACACAAUAUGGAUAAAGAAUCAUCUUUUGAUGAGCUCGAUCGUAGUCUAUCGAAUGAUGAAAGUUAUCCGAUGAGUAAUAGUCUAAUGGAAACAAAUCAUCAUCAUCAAAAUAAUGUUGAACGACAAUUGGCCAAUACACAAAUCGUUUUAGCUUAUACAUGCUUGAAUUUAGAGCAAAUGACGGAAUUGGAACGAUUUUCUACUACAUUUCAUAUUCAUUUGUCUGAUGUUGUCGACGAAAAAACUACGCAUCUAAUUACGGGUGACGAGGCUAGACCAUUAUUAUGUCCGUUAACAAUUAAAGUAUUUCAAGCCAUCGCCAGACAUUUGUUUAUCAUAAGUCAUCGAUGGAUAGUUGAAUGUCUUACAAAAAAUCAACUUGUUGAUGAAACAACAUUUGAAAUAAGAGGUGAUGUUCCUUAUUCUGAUUAUCAUGAUGGUAUGAGAACAUCACGUUUAAUGCGUUAUAAUGACCACGGUGGUUUAUUUAAAAAUUAUAAUUUGUUAAUUGAAUGUGAUGGAUGUCAAAAUAAAAUGUCAAAAAAUGAUCUAAUUGCAUUAAUUAAAUUAUGUAAUGGAAAUGUUAUUGAUUGUUUACCAUCGAAUAAUACAACAAAAACAACGACCGUUAUUUUAUGUGAAAAAUUAACAUAUACAAAUAGUGAACAAUUAAAAUAUUAUGAAAAUUGUAAACAAGCAAAUAUUCAUUUUUUAAGUCCAGAAUGGAUACUCGAAUCAAUUGUACAUUAUAGUAUUCAACCAUAUGAUGAAUAUGAAGAAAAACUUUAG